AUGUCAACGGUUAAGUCAAAGGGUGGUAGUGAUGACGGUAUGUCACCUCCGCCUCAACUUUCGAACACUGGCAGAGGAGAAACAGCUGGACCAGAUAAUUGGAGUGCUGAUGGAAAAGCAGUGAAAAAAGAUAGUAGUGGUUUGCCUGGUAUUGGUAAAAAAAUAGCCGAGAAAAGUGGUGGAUUAUUCUCACCCGAAGAUUGGAUGUGUAAAAGUUGUGGUAAUAUUAAUUGGUCUCGACGUUCGAAUUGCAAUAUGUGCAGUAUGCCAAAAUUUCAAAAAGCUGAAGCUAGAACAGGUGCUGGAGGAGGAUACAAUGAACGGGAAGAUAUUGAAUAUAUUGAUCGAGAAGAUUCAGAAGAUGAAUAUGAUGAGUUCGGUCGUAAAAAGAAAAAAUUUCGUAGACAAACAUCAGAAGAAAUGGAAAGUCAACAACAGCGACAGCCACAAAAGUCAAAAGAAAAUGAUCAAAAUAACACUUCACAUAUUUCAAUGGAUAAAAAAAGGAAUGGAACGCAAAAAGAUGCAAAAAAAGACGACGAACAAGCAGAGGAUGAUGUUGGCUUUACAAAACAAGUUACUUUGGCAGAGGUAAUGGAGAUUGACAAGAGACUCGAUGAAAAGAGAGACGAAGAAUUUGAAGAAGAAGAUGAUGAUGAUGAAAAUUUUGAUGCUUCAAAAUAUGCACUUGAUGAUAGUGAUUUAGAAGAAGUGGAAAAUGUUUCAAAUUCAAAUAAUGAUAAUAUCAUUAAUGCAUUGGCAUCCACAACGUCAACGAAUGUGUCAAAAUCUGAUGAUAAAAAUGCUAAAAAUAUAAAUCGAUUACAAACAUCAACAUCUACAUCGUCAGCAGGAAAUAAAUCAGCAAAAAAAUCUUCGCGCACAUCUUCACGUUCCAAAAAGCAUUCAUCUUCAAAAUUAUCAUCGUCAUCAAAAUCCAAACGAAAACAUUCUAGUUCGAGAUCACGUUCACAUUCACCACGUUCAUCAACAAAAAAUAGUAGAAGAGGGUCAAGAAAUCGUCGUCGUUAG